AUGAUAAAAACAGGUUGUUCCUAUUCAGUGAAACAUUCAAUUGUAUACGAGUGGAAAAUUAACGAAAUCACGUCAUUUCUUAAUGCUGCUAAACAUUCGGAAGAUGUAGAAGAAAUGAAUUCACCUAAAUUCUCAACAGGUGCUAAAAUAAAGGAUUCUUGGAAUUUACAAUUAAGGGUCGCUAAGGAUUCUGAUUCAUCAAAUAAAAAAUCAUGGAUGUCACUAUAUGUGAAAUCAAACAUCGAUACGAAAAUUCGAGCAUCGUUUGCGUUCUCUAUGGUAAAUAAUAAAAAAGAACGAGCAUACAUUGACAUAGACACCAAUCUCGUCAUUGGAAUUGAUCUGAAAGCUGUUCAAUCAAGCCGAUUUUUUAAUCAUCUCGGGAAAUAUUGGGGUUUUAAGAAUGUUAUAACAAUAGACAAAUUAUUGGAGAAAAAACAGGAAUUUUUACCAAAUGAUGUUUUAACAGUAUGUGUUGAUCUGACAGUCUAUGAUGAUUAUCUUGAAAUUAAAAAUCAAAUCGCUCCAUUGAGAGUAGGUGACAAGAAAUUUGAUGCUCACAAAUUUAUUUUGACUACGCGUAGCUGUGUCUUUGAAGCAAUGUUUUCUUAUGAUAUGAAAGAAAAGAAAGAAAAUGAAAUAACUAUAAUAGACAUUGAUGGUGAAGUAUUUGAAAAACUACUCGAGUAUAUUUAUACUGAUAAAGUUGAAGAUCUCAACAUUUUCGCUGAAGGAUUAUUAGAAGCGUCUGACAAGUAUCAGCUCCAAGGACUCAAAGAAAUCUGUGAAGAUUCUUUAGCAAGAAAUAUAUCUAUUGAAAAUGCUAUUAGAGUACUUAUAUUGGCAGAUCGUCACAGUGCGAAGCAAUUGAAGGAAGUAGUUGACAACUACGUGGUAUCAAAUUUUGUAAAAUUCAAAAAUACUGAAGACUUCAAAGCUUUGAAGGAAGGUUAUUCCUUUUCAGUAGAACAUUCAAUUGUCUACGAGUGGAAAACUAAUGGAAUAACAUCAUUUCUUGAUGCUGCCAAAUAUUCGGAAGAAUUAGAAAUGAUGAAUUCACCUAAAUUCUCAACAGGUGCUAAAAUGAAUGAUUCUUGGUAUUUACAACUAUCGAUAAAAAAAGAUUCCAAUUCAUUAAAUAGCAAAUCAUGUAUGUCACUAUAUUUGAAAUCGAAAAUCGAUAUGAAAGUUAGAGUGAUGUUUGCGGUUUUCAUUCUAAAUAAUAAAAAGGAACGAAUGUAUAUGACCAUAGAUAACAACCUCGUCAUUGAUGUUGAUUCAAAAGCUAAUCAAUUUGGCCGAUUUUUUCAAUAUUCCGCAGAUAACUGGGGUUUCAGCAAUGUUAUCGAAAUAAACGAAUUAUUGGCGAAAAAGGAGGAAUUUUUACCAAAUGAUAUUUUGACAGUAUGUGUUGAUCUGACUGUCUAUGAUGAUUAUCUUGAUGUUAAUAAUUCAAUCAACUCAAUGAAAAUUACUGCGGAAAAAUUGAGCGAGGAUUUUGAAAAACUUUUGAUUUUUAAGAAAAAUUCUGAUGUAGUUAUUUUAGUAGGCGAUAAGAAAUUUGAUGCUCACAAGCUUAUUCUGACCACGCGCAGCUGCGUGUUUGAAGCUAUGUUUUCUUAUGAUAUGAAAGAAAAAAAAGAAAAUGAAGUAACUAUAACAGACAUUGAUUGUGAAGUAUUCGAAAAACUUCUCGAGUAUAUUUACACUGACAAAGUCGAAAAUUUGGACAUUUUCGCUGAAGGAUUAUUGGAUGCGUCUGACAAGUAUCAGCUCCGCGGACUUAAAGAAAUCUGUGAAGAUUCUUUAGCCAAAACUAUAUCUAUUGAAAAUGCUAUCAGAAUACUAAUUUUAGCAGAUCGUCAUAAUGCGACACGGUUGAAGGAAUUUGCUAUGAACUAUGCUGUCAUUAACUUGGCGAAUUUGAAGAAUACUGGAGAUUAUGAAGCUUUAGGAAAGUUUCAACCAUCUCUCGCCCUUGCUUUGCUCCAAAAAUAUGUAGAUGGAAUAAAAACUAAUUGA